AUGGUCACAGAUACGCAACCUAUCUCCACGAAGAUUUGCGCGAUUGGCGUCUUCCGUUUUCAUGCGAAUCAUCGCUUGAAGACGGCCUAUUGGAAGAUGGGAAGCUGGAGAUAUUCCAACUACUCACAGGCCAGACUCUUGGUGAGGCUCCCGCGCAUGGCGGCCACACCGUUGGAGGUGCAUUUCAACUUGGACCAUAGCGCCUUUCUGCUGACCUACGCGGGCCACGCCGCGGCGCAAUGGUUCGGCCUCUCGGUGAACUAUGUGCAUAGGCCCUUCCACGUCGCAAGCCACCUUUAUAAACGACAUCUGGCGGAACAUUUCUGUGGCAUGGGUGCGAAUAUGACCGCUGUGGAACUUGGGGUCUAUCAUGGAUAUACCACCUCCCUACUCGCCAACAUGUUCAAGAAGGUGAUCGCAGUGGAUGUGAACAAAGGGAAUAUUGAGACCGCAGCCAAGACUUUGGGUGAACUGGAACAGGAAAACGUGGUGUUUCUGCUGAUGGAUUUGAUGGCGGAUGGUUGGAGCAAAUUCGCCAGCAACGAUGUAAAGGUGGUGGUCAUUGAUGCAGAUCACACCUAUGCUGGGGUCAAACGUGAUGCUGGCAAUGCUUUACGCUACCUGCCAGAGGUGCAGUGGCUGGUCUUUCACGACAUUUGGAUGGACCCCGUCGCACUUGCAGUUCAUGAAUUCGAGCAGCAGGGUCUCCUAAAAUGCUUCUUUUCCUUCAAGGCCCCAAGACCAAAAGGUCUUGCACUCUUUCCAACGCUUUACAAUUUCCGUGCCUUGCUCGUUGCAGGUGACAUGGCGCACAAGCAGAUGGCAUGUGGCUUCCUUUCAAUGGAUUUCUCCGCAAUUUUGUGGUUGCUCCUUUGCUUUGAACUGCUCCGCACCGCUGUUGGCUUGGGAUUUGAUGGCUCCCCCUAUGCAUAUCGAGUGGUGGACGAGCAUCUUCCUGGUGGCGUGACACUCAUCCGACAGAAACUGGAGGGCAAGAUCUGUAGACGAUUGUUGGGCGCAAAGAUGGUUCAGCCCAACUUUAUCGAUCAACAGUUUAUGCUUUACAGGCGCUGGGGCAGUGAUGAAAG